AUACUAUAAAACUAAACCCUUUUCUUUCUCUUUCUUCCCCUCCCAUUUUCCCCCACCUAUAGAGUAGUUAUCACCAAGAAUUCAUUUUUAUGUGAAUUCUGAUCUAUCAUCACUUUCAACAGAGUCUUAGUUCUCAAACCAUGGGUGGUGACAACACUGAGAAGACCACUAUAAUGGUGCUAAAGGUUGAUCUUCAAUGCUCAAGCUGCUACAAGAAGGUCAAGAAAAUUCUUUGCAAAUUCCCUCAAAUUCGAGAUCAGGUGUAUGAUGAGAAGGCCAAUACUAUCACCAUUACUGUAUUGUGUUGCAAUCCUGAAAGAAUUCGUGACAAAUUGUGUUGCAAAGGAGGGGGAGUGAUCAAGAGUAUCGAGAUCAAAGAGCCUUCAAAGCCUAAGGCUCCUGAAAAGCCCAAAGAGCCCGAAAAGCCCAAGGAGCCCGCAAAACCUAAAGAACCGGAGAAGCCUAAAGUGCCUGAGAAGCCUAAGGAGCCUGAGAAGCUCAAAGUGCCUGAGAAGCCUAAAGAGCCAGAAAAGCCCAAGCAGCCCGAGAAGCCCAAUGAGCCCGUGAAGCCUAAGAAGCCGAAAGAACCGGAAAAACCAAAAGAACCCGCGAAACCCAAGGAACCCGAGAAGCCCAAGGAACCCGAGAAGCCCAAAGAACCUGAGAAGCCUAAGGAAGCUCCUAAACCCGCACCAGUAGCUCCACCACCACAACCACAAGCACAAGCACCACCACCAUAUGCUCCAGAGCCAGUGAUAGUGAUGCCAGUACAAGGAUACCCGCAACAUGGAUACCCGCAACAGCCUCCUUCAGGAUAUGGUUGUUGUGGGCAAUGUUACGAAUGCUAUCAUGGAGGCCCAUGUUAUCAUUGGUACGGAAGACCAGUACAACCCGCCCCACCACCGGGCCCAUGCUACGAUACGUAUUCGUAUGGUUACGGGCCCGGGCCUGUUCCAUAUGGGCUCCCAAAAGGCUGUUACGUAAGCAAAUGCAAUGAAUAUUUCAGCGAAGAGAAUGCAGCUGGAUGCUCAAUUAUGUAAUCUUGACAAGAGAGUGGGCCCAUUCUGUGGGCCGUUGUCUGGGCCCAUGCCACCUUUUAAUGGGGUUCUUCUUCAAGUUUCCAGAACAAAGUUUGGAUCCAUCUGGCUAUCCUUUUGCAUGUUAUUAUCAUAGAUACAAAAAACAAUGCAUAAGGCUCACUUUUAAUAGAAAAGUUUAUAGAGAAAAUAAUUUUGGUGACCAGAUGACUGGUUACUGUCUUGUUAUAUAAUUCGUUAAAUAUUUUAUAAUAAAAGCACUUUGUUAAUCAUUGUCA